CAAAACCUAGUCUACAGUUGAGAUCUCUCUCUGGCUCUAGCUCUAGCUCUAGCUCUAUCCGUAUUGCCUACCAUUCUCCCAAGUCCCCUCUGCCCAUCGUCACUGGAGGCAACGAAAAAAAAAAAAUCGAGAAAGAUCGAAGGAGGGGAAGAGUAGAAGUCCAAAUGGAUUCAAGGAAAUCAAGCCUGAAUCUUCCAGCUGGUAUGCAAUCUUCUCUGCGCCUGAACACAAUCUCCACCCACUUCCCUUCGAUCCCGAAGACAACGUCACCGUCGAAGACGACGUACAGCGAUCGUUUCAUACCGUUGCGGUCGUCCUCAAGGCUUCAGAAUUUUGCGCUGGUGGAGAAAUCUUCUCCGGUCAAGGAAGGGGGAAAUGAGGCUUAUUCGAGGCUUCUGAGGACCGAGCUCUUUGGAGCCGAUUCGGUGCCUUGUUCUCCGGCAGGCCAGGGGUCGCCGAUGAGUCCAAGCAAGAAUCUGUUCCGGUUCAAGGCGGAUCACUCAGCCCCCAACUCGCCACUGUCUGCGGUUAUCACAGGUCAGGAUGGGAGCGGGUCGGCGGAAGUCUUGAUGCCGCCGAAGGUGCCGAGGAAGGUACCCAAGACUGCUUAUAAGGUUCUGGAUGCUCCAUCACUUCAAGAUGAUUUUUAUCUGAAUCUGGUUGAUUGGUCCUCGCAGAAUGUGCUAGCCGUUGGUUUGGGGACUUGUGUCUAUCUAUGGAAUGCAUCCACCAGCAAGGUGACUAAACUAUGCGACCUGGGCAACAGAGAUGGUGUAUGUGCCGUCCAAUGGACUAGAGAAGGAUCCUAUCUCGCAGUUGGAACAUAUCUUGGAGAUGUCCAGAUAUGGGACAGCUCUCGGUGCAAACAGAUCCGAACUAUGGGUGGCCAUCAGACUAGAACAGGAGUUCUGGCAUGGAGUUCAUGCAUGUUGGCUUCUGGAAGUAGGGACAAACAUAUUCUUCAACAUGAUCUUCGUGUUUCAAAGGACUAUGUCAGCAAGCUUGUUGGCCACAGAUCUGAGGUAUGUGGAUUGAAAUGGUCUCAUGAUGACAGAGAAUUAGCAUCAGGUGGAAAUGACAACCAGCUACUAGUAUGGAACCAGCACUCUCAGCAACCAGUCAUAAAAUUUACAGAGCAUACAGCGGCGAUUAAAGCCAUUGCCUGGUCGCCGCAUCAGAGCGGCCUUCUUGCAUCAGGUGGUGGAACUGCUGAUCGGUGCAUUCGCUUCUGGAAUACCACAAACAGAAACAUGCUGAAAUGUGUGGAUACGGGAAGUCAGGUUUGCAAUCUAGCAUGGUGUAAAAAUGUCAAUGAAUUAGUCAGCACUCAUGGGUAUUCCCAGAACCAAAUUAUGAUAUGGAAGUAUCCAUCUCUGGGGAAGGUAGCUACUCUAACCGGUCACACGCUCCGGGUUCUCUACCUUGCCAUUUCACCUGAUGGGCAGACUAUAGUCACUGGAGCCGGUGAUGAGACACUCAGAUUUUGGAACGUCUUUCCGUCUGCAAAAACACCAGUCCCUGUACGUGACUCUGGAGUUUGGUCCUUGGGACGGACCCACAUCAGAUGACCAUCAUUUUUUAAUAGAAGUAAUCAUUGUAUUGGAUGGAGAAACAACAGUUCAGAAUUGUCUUCUGCAAGCAAGUGCUGGUGUUUUUUCACCUGUUAUGUGGCUUCAUUACAGCCUUUUUCAUUUUCAUUGCCAAAUGCUAUUAUAGUUGUGAAAGUAGAAUUACGGCAAUGACCUCAUUUUUGUCGAGCUUCCUCGGAUAACUCUUAGAAAUUACUGUAGUGG